AUCUAUUGACAGUAAACGCGCCAACCACGGUAGGAGCUGCUAUCUAUGCCUGUUCCACACUCAACUGCUAGCCUGCCACAGGCCUAAACCGAAAAAAAUAAACGAAUUAAAUAUAAAACCAAGAACGGACGCAAACUGAUUUUUUCCUUGGACUCGAAACCGUUAUGCCAUCUUCUCCUUGCGUUCGAAUGGAACGCUCGUAUUCGACAAUAACUGGGCCGGAAGCGUUCAAAUAAUUCUUUAGAAUCCGUUUGACGCGCAGCGCCUGUCGUGGUAUUUUGGAGGGUGGCGGAGGAGCGAGACUCGGAAGAUCGCGCUAGAAACAGCGAGAGUGGUGCUACAGAAAAACACGCACGAAAUAUUACAAUAAUCAACAGGACGCUGGAGGAAACCAAGAGGACACACUGUGACGAAUAAAAAAGAGAGACGGGGUAUUGCGGGCUGUCCUUUCAUUUAAAAAAAUGGUGUCCACAGUUUUUGCUGUGACACUGUCUGUCACACUGCUGCACCUGGCUUCAGGUGCAUCUUUAGGGACGUCAGAUCCUGAGGCUCCUCCCACCAUGACCUCCAGUCCCCGCCCCUUGGGAGAACUCAUCCAUGCUGCACUUCUCAGUAAGGAGUACCUGGGACACACCCCUGGUAGCAGAGGUACAACUACUAACCCGACCCAGGCCGUCCCGUCCAUCAGAGAAUCAGAUCCUGCCUCCACAGUGAUGUCACCCGGAAUCCUCACCACCGCAGUGACCUCAUCGGCUGCACCUCAAGCAGGCCAAUCAGUUUUUGGGAGUGCUGUGACAUCACCACCAGCUGAAGAAGAGACCACAACUACUCUUAUCACUACAACAACAAUAACAACGGUGCACACACCAGUUCAGUGCAAUGCCAGUCUGUCAGGAAUGGAGGGAAUAGUCGAGUCCCCUGAUCCCCUCUCCUCCUCAUCACCCUUUUCCCCGUUGGAGUGUACCUACAGCAUCUCCGUGUAUCUUGGAUAUGGUGUGGAAAUACAGGUGAAGAAAGUAAACUUGUCCAAGGAGGAGUCACUUACCAUUCUGGAGCUGGGUGGGACAGCGCCUGAGCUUUUGGCCAAUGAGACACUAAUGAGUGAAGGUCAGGUGAUUCGUAGCUCAACCAACCAAGUGCAGAUCCACUAUAAGAGCCUGAAGCAAGCCAACCAUGGUGUUUUCAGCUUUCACUAUCAAGCGUUCCUCCUGUCCUGCUCGUUUCCUCUCUCCCCUGAGGGCGGUGGAGUGACCGUAACUGAUAUUCAUCCUGGGGGUCAGGCUCACUUCCAUUGUGAUCCUGGAUUUGAGGUCAGAGGUCAUGAGAUUGCAACCUGUUUGAAUUCCACCCGACCCAAAUGGAGCACCCCAGAACCCCAGUGUGUGGCUGUAUCUUGUGGAGGGUGGAUUAGAAAUGCUACUGUUGGACGCAUUCUGUCCCCAACCCUCCCCUCUGCAAGUAACCAUAGCAGCGGGAGCAACCUGAGCUGUCAUUGGCUGCUGGAAGCCAAGGAAGGUCACAGGCUCCACCUCCAUUUUGAGAGGGUGGCUCUUGAUGAAGACAAUGACAAGCUGAUUGUGCGUAGUGGGAAUAGCACUACAGCUCCGCUCCUCUUCGACUCGGAUCUGGAUGACAUUCCAGAACGAGGCUUCGUGAGCGAGGGAAUGUCUCUCUAUGUGGAGCUCACAGCAGAUUCUUCCUCCAUCCCACUACUGCUGGCACUCCGCUAUGAGGCCUUUGAUGGGGAACACUGUUAUGAACCUUACUUGCCUCAUGGGAAUUUCAGCAGCAGUGACAUCACCUUCCCAUUGGGUACUAUAGUAACCUUCUCAUGCUCUCCUGGUUUCGUCAUGGAGCAAGGCUCAGGAGUUAUGGAGUGUGUUGACCCCAAUGACCCUCACUGGAAUGAGAGUGAACCUGUCUGCAGAGCUUUGUGCGGCGGGGAGCUCACGGACUCAGUGGGAACUGUGUUGUCUCCUGACUGGCCACAGAGCUACUCUAAGGGGCAGGACUGUGUGUGGCAAAUACAUGUCAGCGAGGACAAGCGCAUUGAGCUGGAUGUACAAAUACUUAACAUCCGCCAUAAUGACAUUCUAACUCUGUUUGAUGGCCAUGAUCUGACGUCACAUGUGAUUGGCCAGUACCUGGGCUCAAGAGAAAGGUUCAGGGCUGUAUCAGGAGGUUCAGAGGUCACCAUUCAGUUUCAGAGUGAUCCCGAUGACUCUACAUUUAUACUGAGCCAAGGUUUCCUCAUUCACUACAGAGAGGUGGAACCAAAUGACACAUGUCCUGUGCUUCCACAAAUUGAGUUUGGCUGGAGCAGCUCCUCCCACCCAUCUCUGGUGAGAGGCAGUGUGUUAACCUAUCAGUGUCAGCCUGGUUAUGACAUCGUUGGCUCUGACAUCAUCACCUGCCAGUGGGAUCUCUCCUGGAGCAACAACCCACCCACCUGUGUGAAAAUCCAACAGUGCCCUGAUCCAGGAGAAGUGGUCAAUGGAGCACGCUCAGUACAUCCGGAGUCUGGUUUUGCUGUGGGGACAGUGGUACGCUUCACAUGUAACCAAGGUUAUCAGCUGGAAGGCCCGAACCAGAUCUCCUGCCAUGGAAGAGACACCGGCAUGCCCAAAUGGAGUGACCGCAGCCCAAAGUGUGUCUUGAAAUAUGAUCCAUGCCCAAACCCUGGCGUGCCUGACAAUGGUUACCAGACUCUGUACAAGCACAGUUACCAGGCAGGCGAGACGCUGCGUUUCUUCUGCUAUGAGGGUUAUGAGCUCAUUGGGGAAGUCAUCAUCAACUGUGUCCCAGGACACCCCUCUCAGUGGAAUAGCCCACCACCCUUCUGUAAAGUGGCCUAUGAAGGGCUACUGGAUGAUCAUAAAUUGGAGGUUUCUCAGUCAUUAGAAGCCUCUCAUCAAAUGCUGAGUGAGAACAUUGCAUUGGCUAUCAUCCUGCCAAUCAUUCUGGUCAUCCUUCUGAUUGGUGGUAUCUACAUGUACUAUACCAAUGUGUGUAGGUGGCAGUGGAAACCGUUGUUCUGGAAGUCUCUCUCUCACACUCACUCCUACAGUCCCAUAACAGUGGAGUCUGACUUUAACAACCCUCUCUAUGAAGCAGGGGACACACGAGAGUAUGAAGUGUCCAUCUGAGACAGGAGUUGGCAAAUGAAUCCUAAUGUUGGGUGACUGAAAAGGAGAAGAAAAGGAAGGAUACUGUUAUUUUUUCUCUCUGCAAGACAUUCAUUUGUUUUAUUCAAUUAAUUACAACACAUAAAUCUCACUCUACACAGUCUCUCUCUCCUCCGUCUCUGUCGAUUCACUGAUGUAUGUACAAAUCAAGUGCGUUUGCUCGUGAGUCUAUGCAGGUGCCUGUGUAGUAUGUUAGGCUACGUUCACACUGCAGGCUGAAACGACCCAAUUCCGAUAUUUUUGCCCCUAUGCAACCUGUAUCUGGUCUUUUCAUGACAGUCUAUCGACACAGAUCCGAUGUUUUCAAAUGUGACCCAGGCCACUUGGGUAUGUGGUCCUGAAUCCGAUACGUAUCCGAUCUUUUGAAAUGCGACCUCCGUCUGAAUGGCCAGGCCACAUGUAUCCGACCCG